CCAACAUGGCGUGUCUUCGGGUCUCGUCGAAUUAUUAUAGACUAUUUUUACGACGACCAUCUAUUGUGGAGAGAGUCUGCUUGGCGAGGCCUCUUUCGGGGAGUCGAGAAACCAGAAGAAAGGAUUACUACCAGAUUCUGGGAAUAAGCCCUAAGGCCACACAGUUUCAAGUUAAAGAGGCGUAUUUGAGUCAAAGUUUGAAGUGGCAUCCCGAUAAGAACAAAGGAAAUGAAGAGGAGGCGCACACAAACUUUACUAACGUUACAGAGGCCUAUUCUGUAUUAGGGAAUUACGAAACGAGACGCAAAUACGACAGAAGAAUGUUCAGAGAACACGGACGACACGGCGUCUACUCAACAGAAGAUAGAAAGCGAGCCCAAACGGCAGCCCAAGACUUCGACCUUUUCUACAAGUCGCACUACGAAGGGGUGAAGAAGCACAAGGACCGAGUGGCCAAAGAGAAAAAAUUUCGGGAGGAGAGACAGCAGUUUGGCGACGCUGGGACACAGCAGAGGUUUAUAUUCACGACCGUUUUUACACUACUGGCAGUGUUUCUAUAUUAUGUACGACGAAAGUUGGGGAUAUUUAUGUGAUUAUGAUAUGACAUGUUCGAUACAGAGAAUAAAAUAUGUAUGGUAUUGAUAUAAAUCUUUGUGUCAAUUCGA